AUGGAGAUAGUCAACAAGGUGGACCCCAACGCUGAGGCAAACUUCAACGUGAAGGACAGAACGAUGAAGAGGGUGAGAGCCAUCCUCGAUCUCCUAAUGGAACAGACCGUGAGAAGUUGCAAACUUUUGAGCCUAGCAUUCGCAGCUCAUUCUCUGGUUUCUCUCGCAUGCCAACUGAAGGCCAGAGGGAAUACCUUGACCUAA